AUGAGUUUCAAUAAACACCCAACAGAGGGGUGGUGUGCUAGGCCUUUACCUGACCAAAAACCCGGGCGGUGUAACCAAGACCGUUGUUUGGUCAGGUGUCGAGAGCAUCAUAAUUUUAAGUUUAAAGGAGGGAAAGCAGUGGGUACUUGCACAACUAGUAAUACUUGCUUUUGCACUUAUCGUUGUCGAUAGUUUUAAUGCAUGUUACAAAUAAAAAUCAUUUUUUCUUUUUGUUUUUUUUUGUUUUGACGCCUCUUAUAAUAAAAUAAGCAUAUAAUUGUCGAUUUCAUAGUAUAAUAAUUUGUAUUAGUGUUAUUACCAAAUUUUGAUAUAGUUUAAGAUCUGGUAAUUUCCGUGUGUUAUAGAGGGAAAAAAAACUGAAAAACUCGUUGUCUAAUUUGUUAU